AUGCUUAAAAAGGAACUAAUGAGAGCCCCAGCUUUGGGCCUACCUGAUGUUACUAAACCAUUCUGGCUGUUUUCUCAUGAGAAGCAAGGCAUAGCUCUAGGAGUCUUAGCCCAACAGCUAGGACCUUACAAAAGAGCUGUGGCCUAUUUUUCUAAACAGCUUGAUGAAGUAAGUAAAGGAUGGCCAGGAUGCUUACAAGCCGUGGCAGCCGUAGUGCUAAACAUCCAAGAGGCUUGGAAAUUCACUUUGGGCCAAAAGAUCACAGUACUGGUCUCACAUACAGUAUCAGCAGUACUGGAACAGAAGGGAAAUCAUUGGCUUUCCCCGUCCCGAUUUUUACAAUACCAGGCUAUUCUGGUUGAACCGGACGAUGUUAAUAUUGAAGUGACUAAUGUUACGAACCCAGCUUCUUCCCUCAGUGGGGUGACAUCUGAACCGUUGACACAUGAUUGCUUAGAAACCACAGAAACGGUGUACUCUAGCAGACCAGAUUUGAAAGAAGAACCCCUGGAGGAUGCACAGGACUCCUGGUUCACGGAUGGAAGCAGCUUCGUCCGACAAGGUAUCCGAAAGGCCGGGUAUGCGGUGACAACAGCAAGUAAGGUAAUUGAGUCCCAAUCGUUACCUGCUGGAACAUCAGCUCAAAAGGCUGAGAUUAUUGCCCUGAUUAGGGCCCUGGAAUUGGCAAAAGGAAAGAAGAUAAAUAUAUGGACAGAUUCCAAAUAUGCCUUUGGAAUUGUCCACGCUCAUGGAGCAAUUUGGAAGGAACGAGGACUGCUAACUGCACAAGGAAAACAGAUCAAACAUGCUGAGGAAAUACUUCAUCUACUAAAGGCAAUUCAAUUGCCAACCAAAGUUGCCAUUAUGCACUGUCGAGGACACCUGAAAGGUAACACUGACCAGGAAAAAGGUAAUAGAUUGGCUGAUUAUGAGGCUAAACAGGCAGCAGAAAGAACGCAAAAGAACUUAACAUUAAUUCCGGAUAACAGAGGUAAGAAUUGGGAUGAACAGGAAAGUAUUGAGUAUUCUAGAACCGAUAAAGAUCUAAUAAAAGAAAUGGGAGGACGGAUUCCCUCCAAAGGAUGGGCCCACCUGAGUGAUGGCAGAAUUAUAGUUCCUGCUAAACAGGUAUGGGGAAUUGUCAGAGGAGCACAAUAGGACACAUUGGGGGGCAGACUCCUUGUACAAAUAUUUAAAUCAGAAAUUAAUAGGGAAAAAUUUAUAUACUACAAUCCGACAGGUGACUCAGCAAUGUGAGGUAUGUUUGAGAAAUAACCC